GUGACCCUGGGACCUUCGUGUGUGUUUCUGCAGUAUACAGAAUAGUGAAGCAACCCACACAGACACGUGUUACAGAGCAGAAGAGGAGACCAUGUCACUGGCUUCUUGGUUCAGGUGGAAUGAGCCCCCGAGACGAAUGUCCCAAAGGAGCCCCACAGAAAUGGUGAUAGAAACCCUUAUGAUGGAGCUGGGCUGGCAAAUCAAGGAAGCUGAGAAACAGCAGCGGGAGAGAGAGAAUGAGUACCGCAAGAUAAAGACAGGUGUGGACUAUAGCUGGCUGAUUAGCUACCAAAAGCACAGCUAUGAUAUCACUCCAGGGGAGCGUCUUCAACUGGAGGACUUGUGUUCUAAAAUACACCCCUCUUACUGUGGACCUGUCGUAAUCAGAUUCCGGCAACUCAUUGCUGAAUAUGAACCAGAAGCACCAGAAGUAUCUCGGCUCUUUCGUUCUGCUCUACAUGAUGCUCUUGAGAAGAUGAAAGAGGAAGAAGAGGCAAAGAAGCUUGCUAGGCAGUGGAACACAAAGCACAAAACCAGCCUCUCCCUCACAACAUUCAAAUCCCGUUCCAGGAUUUCACCAUUCAGCAGUGACAUCAAGACCAUUUCAGAAGAUGUUGAGAGAGGCACUGAUCCAACCAGGAGAGUAUGGAGCAUGCCAGAGUUCAGAAGUACCAGGGAUUAUUGACUUUAUUUGUUUAAAACAGACACAGAAGUGGACACUGAGAAGGUGGGAGAGGGCUGCCUCAGCUGAAUCUUUUAGGCUAUUCAUGGCCUAUCCUUGAAAGGACACGAUUCUUGUGGUAGAACCGGCAUCUUUACUGUCUAGUGUUUGUGCACUUUGUUGUGUCCCCCGUUGUGUUUAGAGGCUAUAUCACAAAGAAACUGAGACAAGCAUGAAAAGCCAUUUUCUAACAAGACACAUGACCAACUUUUGUAUCUAUAUGUGAAGUGUAUUGUAUUAAAUUCUGAAACAAUCUUUUAAUUUUGAA